GACGGAAAGACCUCUCCUCAUCUUAUCACCCAGCUACCUCCCUCUGUCCCGUCUCUCUCUUUUCCCUGUACAGGCUAUAAUUUCCCUUCCCUUCUACUUCUACCCCCUCUCUUCCCUACAAUAUACCCUCCCCCUUCCCUUUUUCUCCCUUGCGCUGUCUGUCUCUGUCCCUUCCCCGUCUAAAGUACACAGCAGAGAGAUGAAAGAGAAGAACCCCUGGCCUACGCCUGUGACCGUCAUCAUCAUUGUGAUUGGUGUCAUAGCAAUUGUUGCCCUGGUGACGGUAGCGGUUUUCCAGAACAAACCCGUCCACCAAAAGUACAAGUAUGGGAUUGUGCUGGAUGCUGGAUCUUCCCACACAGCUCUUUAUAUUUAUGAGUGGCCAGCAGAGAAGGAUAACAACACUGGCAGAGUUGAACAGAAACACUCGUGCAAAGUCAAAGGUAAAGGUAUUUCCAGCUACGCAUCUGAACCAUGGAAGGCAGGAGAGUCUCUGAAAGCGUGCAUGUCGGAGGCCGAGACGAAUGUCCCCAAAGAAAGAUAUCGUGAGACCCCGCUCUAUCUGGGAGCCACAGCAGGAAUGAGGCUGCUGAAUAUAGAGAACAGCUCAGCAUCAGACAAGGUAUUUGAUGCUGUGGAGAGAGCCCUGGAGAAGUCCCCCUUCUCCUUUCAGGGAGCACGAAUACUCAGUGGGCAGGAGGAGGGUGCCUUUGGGUGGGUCACAGUCAACUACUUAGACAAUCGCCUCAAACAGGGCUUACUAACAACAGGCGCUCUUGAUCUUGGAGGGGCAUCUACUCAAAUUAGCUUCAUAUCUGAUAAUUUUGACGGUUCAGAGUCACCCAUCAACUCCGUGAACUUCAGACUCUACGGAAAUGAUUAUAACCUAUAUACUCACAGCUUCCUGUGCUACGGAAAAGACCAAGUGUUAAAAAUGGCACUGGCACAUCAGACUCAGUCAGGUACAACAACAGUAUUGGAUCCUUGUUUCCACCCAGGCUACAAUGAGACAAAGGAUUACUCAGCCCUUUAUGAUAGUCCCUGUGUGUCAGCCAGAAAACCACAGGGAGCUCCUUCAAAGUUUGAACACACAGGGAGAGGAAACUUUCAAGAAUGCCAGAAAGUCAUCAGAAGUUUAUUUAACUUUACUUCCUGCAAAUACAGCCGAUGCUCUUUCAAUGGAGUCUUCCAGCCUGAUUUGCAGGGGCCAUUUGGGGCUUUCUCUGCUUACUUCUUUGUGAUGAACUUCCUCAACCUGACUGAUACAUCCAUCCCCCUUGAAGCUGUAAAGGCAAAGCUAAGCCAAUACUGCGCUACCUCUUGGGACGAGCUAAAGAAGAAGCAUCCUGAUGUAAGCGAUAAGUAUCUGGCUGAGUACUGCUUCUCUGGCACCUACAUCCUUACCCUGCUGACAGAAGGAUACAACUUCACUGCAGGGCGCUACUCUGAUGUAAAAUUCAUCAAGAAGAUAAAAGGCAGUGAUGCAGGCUGGACGCUGGGCUACAUGUUGAAUCUCACCAACAUGAUCCCAGCUGAGGCUCCUGACUCACCCCCUCUCCCCUAUGCCGGCUACGUCUCCUUAGUCACCGUCAUGACACUGCUAAUCGUCUUCCUCUUCCUCCUUGUCAGCCUGGGUGCUCUCUGGCCCCGUUGCUCCAAGCAGACACAAAUUGUAUAAACACUCUGAAAUGUAUGUCUGUACAGUAUAUACAUUACUGUGCAAAAGUCUCGAGCCACCUCUCUUUUAUUUAUAUUUUGCUUCCAAGGAGUCUGGCAUUCUUGUAAUGUCUUAAAGUGGUCUUGAGCAAUGAAUGCCUGACUCCUUGGAAGCAAAACAUGAAAUAUGUAUAAAAUAUAAAAUAUACAGAAUAACUGUGAAAGACCUUCACCUUCAGUCCAGACUUACUGAAGGCCUUUCACAGUUAUUCUUUGGACGCUGGCUGUUUUUUUCUCUCAUUUUCAGUCCAGUCCUUGUGUUUGGUUCAAUGGAUGAACCAGUGUUGUGUCUACACACAAUAGACAA